AUGAUACGCUUUUCAGGGAACGCCGUCCGCGGUAUCAUUUACAGCUACCAGGUAUCAGAAUUGAAUCAAAGCAGCAAACCAGACACGCCAGCAGCGAAUCUAGGAAGCGACCUCGUGUCCCACCACACGCAAACAAGUAUGAAAAGCCAGGGGAGGUCAGAAAAUAUUCCCCCUUUCAUCACCCCGGCCAGGUACGAUAUGGACCGUUUCGGAAUGGUAUUUCGUGGCACCCCUCGUCAAACUGACGUUAUAAUAGUGGCAGGAACAGUAACCAACAAAAUGGCACCCAUAUUUCGCAAAACCUAUGACCUGAUGCCGGAACCCAGGUGGGUUGUGUCAAUGGGCAGCUGCGCCAAUGGAGGUGGAUACUACCAUUACACGUAUUCAACGGUACGCGGCUGCGAUAGAAUUGUGCCGGUGGAUAUUUACGUCCCUGGUUGCCCUCCAACUGCGGAGGCUCUUUUAUACGGAAUGCUGCAACUUCAGAAAAAAGUCAAACGUAUGAGGGUCGUUCAAGUAUGGUAUCGCCAUUAA